AUGAUCCACCAGUAUCACCAGCACCUUCUACUGGUGCACCAGUAUCACCAGCACCUUCUACUAGUGCACCAGUAUCACCAGCACCUUCUACUGGUGCACCAGUAUCACCAGCACCUUCUACUAGUGCACCAGUAUCACCAGCACCUUCUACUGGUGCACCAGUAUCACCAGCACCUUCUACUAGUGCACCACCGAGACCAGUAUCCCCAGCACCUUCUACUGGUGCACCAGUAUCACCAGCACCUUCUACUAGUGCACCACCGAGACCAGUAUCCCCAGCACCUUCUACUGGUCCACCAGUAUCCCCAGCACCUUCUACUGGUCCGCCAGUAUCACCAGCACCUUCUACUAGUGCACCACCGAGACCAGUAUCACCAGCACCUUCUACUGGUCCACCAUGCACCACCGAGACCAGUAUCACCAGCACCUUCUACUGGUCCACCAGUAUCACCAGCACCUUCUACUGGUCCACCAGUAUCCCCAGCACCUUCUACUGGUCCGCCAGUAUCCCCAGCACCUUCUACUAGUGCACCACUGAGACCAGUAUCACCAGCACCUUCUACUGGUCCACCAGUAUCACCAGCACCUUCUACUGGUGCACCAGUAUCACCAGCACCUUCUACUAGUGCACCACUGAGACCAGUAUCACCAGCACCUUCUACUAGUGCACCAGUAUCACCAGCACCUUCUACUGGUCCACCAGUAUCACCAGCAUCUUCUACUAGUGCACCACUGAGACCAGUAUCACCAGCACCUUCUACUGGUCCACCAGUAUCCCCAGCACCUUCUACUGGUCCACCAGUAUCCCCAGCACCUUCUACUGGUGCACCAGUAUCCCCAGCACCUUCUACUAGUGCACCACUGAGACCAGUAUCACCAGCACCUUCUACUGGUCCACCAGUAUCCCCAGCACCUUCUACUGGUCCGCCAGUAUCACCACCACCUUCUACUAGUCCACCAGUAUCACCAGCACCUUCUACUGGUGCAACAGUAUCCCCAGCACCUUCUACUAGUGCACCACUGAGACCAGUAUCCCCAGCACCUUCUACUGGUCCACCAGUAUCCCCAGCACCUUCUACUGGUGCACCACUGAGACCAGUAUCACCACCACCUUCUACUGGUGCACCACCGAGACCAGUAUCACCAGCACCUUCUACUGGUCCACCAGUAUCCCCAGCACCUUCUACUGGUCCGCCAGUAUCACCAGCACCUUCUACUAGUGCACCACCGAGACCAGUAUCCCCAGCACCUUCUACUGGUCCACCAGUAUCACCAGCACCUUCUACUGGUCCACCAGUAUCCCCAGCACCUUCUACUGGUCCGCCAGUAUCACCAGCACCUUCUACUGGUCCACCAGUAUCACCAGCACCUUCUACUGGUCCACCAGUAUCACCAGCACCUUCUACUGGUCCGCCAGUAUCACCAGCACCUUCUACUAGUGCACCACUGAGACCAGUAUCACCAGCACCUUCUACUGGUCCACCAGUAUCACCAGCACCUUCUACUGGUGCACCAGUAUCACCAGCACCUUCUACUAGUGCACCACUGAGACCAGUAUCACCAGCACCUUCUACUAGUGCACCAGUAUCACCAGCACCUUCUACUGGUCCACCAGUAUCACCAGCAUCUUCUACUAGUGCACCACUGAGACCAGUAUCACCAGCACCUUCUACUGGUCCACCAGUAUCCCCAGCACCUUCUACUGGUCCACCAGUAUCCCCAGCACCUUCUACUGGUGCACCAGUAUCCCCAGCACCUUCUACUAGUGCACCACUGAGACCAGUAUCCCCAGCACCUUCUACUGGUCCACCAGUAUCCCCAGCACCUUCUACUAGUGCACCACUGAGACCAGUAUCACCAGCACCUUCUACUGGUCCACCAGUAUCCCCAGCACCUUCUACUGGUCCGCCAGUAUCACCACCACCUUCUACUGGUGCACCACUGAGACCGGUAUCACCAGCACCUUCUACUGGUCCUCCAGUAUCACCACCACCUUCUACUGGUGCACCACUGAGACCAGUAUCACCAGCACCUUCUACUGGUGCACCACCGAGACCAGUAUCACCAGCACCUUCUACUGGUCCACCAUGCACCACCGAGACCAGUAUCCCCAGCACCUUCUACUGGUCCACCAGUAUCACCAGCACCUUCUACUGGUCCACCAGUAUCCCCAGCACCUUCUACUGGUCCGCCAGUAUCACCAGCACCUUCUACUGGUGCACCACUGAGACCACAGCACAGCCGACCGGCUCCAAUCAGCCUUAA